AUGUACCUCCUCGGGAUUUCUAUUCCUUUAGCAUGCCUCUUCUGGCACCUUGCGUGCUGUGUCCUCAGCGUCGUUGAGUAUGCGGUGUGGAUGCGGUUCCUUUCGCCCGACGACAUAGCCGACUCUUUGCGUGGCGCGCAUCUCGCGUUUGACGUCAUUGGCUUUGUCGCGUACGCGGUGGGCGGGGCCCCACUCUUUGUAUACGCAUACAAGUACGGGCUCUCGUACAGCCAGCGCCAGCGACGGCUUCUCUGUGGCGUGGCGGUAGUGUUCCUCAUGUGGUCGUUCCCGAUUUUUGUGAUCGAACUGGCCAUGACGCUCUCCGGCAUGGGCACUCGCAACCCGCUCGACGGGAUCGUCUUUGUGCUUAGCCUGAUCUCGUCCAUCAUCGGCGGCGGCAUCGUCUGGUUUGCCUACAUGCGUCUUGUGGCGUACUACCUUCACCACUUCCGUGGGGUGGAGCGGCAGAUUGACCCCCACAACAGUUCGGCCCCGUAUCCCAUGCACCCCGUGCGCUCGCUCCCGCGAGAGGGCCAACCGGACACAAUUUAG